AUGGUAUAAUUCUUAAAAUAUAUUACCUAGAUUGGAUAGUCCAAAAUGGAAAUGGAGUCUCUACUAUUUGUGGAUCUUCAAAUAUUUUUGGAGGCCGUCCUAAUUUUGGAGGGAAUACAUAGAUAACAAAGAAUUUAUUUUUACUCCCUCAUAAUUCUCUAUCAUUAAAUUUUAAAUUCUGGCAGUAAAAUUAUAAUUGAUCUUAGUAUUGAUAAUUGGGGAGGUGAAAGAAUGGAAGUAUAUGUUGAUAAUCUCUUAGUUUUUACUGGUAAUUAUAAUUCAGAAUGCACUUAAUCCAGUAUUUGUGGAACUUCUGGUUCUUGUUGGGGUGAUGGUGUAAAUUCAGUAAAUAUUAAUAUUAAUCAUGUUAAUGAAUAUGUUUAAAUAAAAAUAAUCGGAUAUGAUUAUUAUUGGGGGAUAUCUGAAUUUCAAGUGUGGAUGACUCUUUAUAUAUAAGGAUGCAAUUCAUGCAAUAUAUAAGAUAGAUUUAAUAAAACAUAUUUAUUUCAAUAAUUUAAUGAAAAAUUAUUUAAUUAAAGAGAUAGAGUGUUUCAACAAUUAGUUAUUUUGACUUUUACAUCUUGCUUCGGUAAAUUUAAAAUUUAAAAUAGAGUAAUAAAAGAUAAUGCUAUCAGGAGAUUACAUUAUGAAAGAAAUUUAUUUCUAUAAUCAUGAUACCAUCUGUAUAUCCCUUAAAUAAACAAGUACUUAAGCAAACCCCUACAUUAUUUAAUUUUAUUUAAAUGAUGAAAUAGUAUCAAGUUCAAAAUCUUCUAAUUCAGUAUUUUCAGAGGCAAUAUGUAAUAUAUAGAAUUUACGAGAGAUAAAUAUUUUUUAAUAUUAGGAUUUAUUACCGAUUAAGCUAACAAUAAAUGCUUAUUUGGUUGAAGGAUAUUUUCAUUAGAUAUUUAAUUUGAAUGAUUUUUCUCUUGUAAUAAUUAUAUAAGACUAUGAAGACUGUUUAGAUAAAAAUAAAGAUCCUUUUGACGGAUGUUUUUCAGGAAGAUAUGAUUGUGUUCAAGGUUGUAGUAAUUGUAUUAGGGGUAUUUGUAUUGAAUGUUAGAAAGGAUGGGAAUUUAAUAUGUUAUUAUAAAUUUGCGAACCUAUUUGUGGGGAUUACAUAAUUAUAAAUAUUGAAUAAUGUGAUGAUGGGAAUUAUUUAGAAUAUGAUGGUUGUUUUAAUUGCAAAUUCUCUUGCCCAUUAUUUUGUAAGUAUUGUGAAUUUGGUAAAUGUUUAGAAUGCCAAUCAAAUUACAAUUUUAUUGAUAACAAAUGUGAAAAGAUAAAUGGAAAUUAAGAAUAAAAAUCAUAAGAAAAUUUCUUUAAUUAAAUUUCUAAUUUUUUAGAUUAUGGUAAUUAUUAUCAUAAAUUAUUACAUGAUUAAUUUGCUAAUCCUUUACCAAUUCAUAAUUAAGAUUGUAAUUUUUAAACACAUGAUAUAUUUGGAUAUCAAUGUCAAAUAAAAUUUAUAGAAAAUUGUUUAUAAAGUCUAAAUGAUAGAUGUUUAGAAUGUGAAAACUUUUAUAAACUAUCUUGGAAUAAAAAAUAAUGUAUUCCUUAAUGUAAUGACGGUAUUGUAAUUUUAUAUGAAUUUUGUGAUGACUAAAACAAUAUAUAAUUUGAUGGUUGUUAUAGAUGUUAAUCAAGUUGCUAAUUAGAAUGUAAAUAAUGUAUAUAAUAAUAAUGCCAUAUUUGUAUUGAUGGUUGGAAAAUGAUAGAUAAUCGAUGUUAUCAAAUAUGUGGAGAUGGUUAAUUGGCUAUUUCUUCUUAAGAAUAAUGCGAUGAUGGAAAUUAUAAUCCAUAUGAUGGAUGUUAUAAUUGUAAAUUUGAAUGUGAUCCAAAUUGUUUUUCAUGUUCUAAUUCUAAUCUAUGUUUAUUUUGUGAAAUCAAUUUUGAAAUGGAUGAUAAUAAUAAAUGUAAACCAAUUUGUGGAGAUGGAAUUAUUGAGUAAGGAUUAGAAGAAUGUGAAGAUUUUAAUGAUAUCUAAUAUGAUGGUUGCUAUUAAUGUAUGUUUCAAUGUGAAAUUAAUUGUUCUAAAUGUCUCAAAGGUAUCUGUUAAGAAUGUGUAGACGGAUAUGAAUUAUUAGUAGAAGGAUGCUCAAAAAUAUUUAUUAAAUAAAUUGAUGAUUUAGAAGAUUAAGAUAUUAAAUUAUAUUGUGGUGAUGGAAAUCAAUCAAAAAAAGAGUAAUGUGAUGAUGGAAAUAAAGAAGAUUUUGAUGGUUGUUCAAGCAAAUGUGAAAUAGAGGAAAAUUGGCAUUGCAAUUUGGAAUAACCUAAUAUUUGUUAUCUAAUAACUAAAUUUUCUUUAAUUUAUUUAAAUCAAACAUAUGACCAUUAAUAUGUUUAAUUGUAAUUUACAAAUCAAGUGAAAUAGAUUUAAAAAUUCAAUUUUACUUAAUCAAUCUUAACUGAGAUAUACAAUUUAAGUUAAGAUUAAUAUUAAGUAAUUAUAAAUCCAGUAGUGAAUGUUUAUGAAACUAAGUUUACUAUGGCAAUAUUUGAAUUUGAUAUAUUACAUUUAGAGUAGAUUUCCUUUUUACCAAAUUUAUCAGUUUCAUUCAAUUCCUCUUUAAUUGAUAAUAAUAAUAUGUCAGUAGAUCUCUCUAAAUAAACAAUUUAACUUUAACAACCUAAAGUAAUGAGUAAGGACUUAAUUAAUGUUGCAAAUAAAUUUUAAGACCUUGGAAGUGCAUUAAUGAUAGGUUUAGGAGCUAUUAGUGUACUAAUGUUAUUCUUUGGAGAUCCAUAAUAGAGUUUAGAAAUUUUUG